UGUAUAGUCAACAAAUAAACAUAUGAACAGUAUAUUUGCAGUGGCCCGCCGGCGUCGUAAGGAGAGCCGGCCGCGGCGGCAGCGCACCACCUUUUCCGCACAUCAGACCCUCAGGCUGGAGCUGGAAUACGCUCGCGGAGAGUAUGUCACCCGGGCCCGAAGGUGUGAACUAGCGUCGGCGCUGUCGCUGAGCGAGACACAAGUCAAAAUAUGGUUCCAGAACCGAAGAGCUAAGGAUAAAAGAAUCGAGAAGGCUCAGAUCGAUCAGCAAUAUAGACAACUAGCGGCGGCGUCUGGGUUGUUCCCGACAGUUCUGGCUACCCCCUACUGCCCUCCGCCGUGUCCGUGCCUGCCUGUGCAACACCCACCCACGUUGGAUAAGUAAUAAGAAACCUUGAUAAGCUGGAACUCUCUACAGUGAGGUUAAAAAGGCCACAUCAAACAAGCAAUAUUGCCAUUGACAUUUGUUUGCAUUGCGCACUUGCUUUUAUGUGUGCAUAUCAAAUUGCAAUACAAUACAAAUACACUUUAUGCACCAAAAUAAAAAGAAAUAAUUACAAAAAGACUCUUAACUAAGAACAUGGCAAAUGGCGGCCUUAUCGCUUAAAGCGAUUUCUUCCAGACAACCAUAAAGGAUAAGGAAACAAUAUUUCUUUUUUAGAUGAAUUGCUUCCAUGUGGUCUUUUUAACCCCCACUGGAUCAAAAUUAUAAACUAUUAAAAUGAAAGAGAAAUGCCUAAUUAGUAUUAAAUUAAUUUAUAUAUUGAAAGCUUUCUUAUAAAUCGCUUGACAACACUAGACAAGUACUUGUCUCUAUUUAUAUUAAUUCAUGAUUUACGUAGGUACGUACAAAGGUAGGUUGACCCUUUUUAUGUAUUUUAAUUGCAGUCCAUUGUUUAAGAAGAGUAGACAGACUAUUUUCCUAAAUGGAUAGCAUUGAUUAUAUAGAAAUAAAUAAAUACUCCUGUACCUACUACUAAUGGUCAGUAAUAGGACCAAAGUAUAAAUAGUGUGUGGGUAGGUAUUAUAUUAACUUAUUCUUAUUUACCAAUAAACUAGUGUGUAAAAUAUUGUAAAUACUUAUGUCUAGUUAUUUAUAUUCAUAUUUUAAGUUGUAUAGGUAUAAAAAGGUGUUAAAAGAAACAAGAGUUAAUA